AUGACAUUUGUUUUGUUUAUAACUAUUUUAUCCACUCCACUAGUUUAAAUAAUAAUUGUCAAAUAGUACAAAACAUUUCAAAAACAGAAAAAUGUAGAUUAAAGUAAUAACAAAGACCAUUAAAUAAUUUGUAUUAGAUAUGGAUUUAUGAAAAGUAAUACUAAUAUGGUUAUUUGUCCAAUUAAUUUAUAGCUCCAUACCCAUAUUACCUUUUUGUUGGUUUGGAUUAUUAAACAAAAAAAUAUGGUGGUAGUGGUAAUGCACAUUAAUAUAAAGAUAAAGUAUCAAGGAAUGUAAACUGUAUUCAUUAAUAAUACACAUUUAUUUGGAAAAUUAAUUUAAACCAUUCGUUUUCAGUUUAAUUUAUUAGUAAACAUAAAAUUUGAAAUUCCAUGAAUAAUAUGGAAAGAAAACAGGAAAAUGAAGAUACAGUAAAAAAUAUUAAGGUAGAGAAUAGUAUUGUUGUUAAGCCUGAAUAUGUUGGGCCCCAUGUCCAAGACUAUGGACAUGGAGGUUGGGAUAUUCAUUUGGACCAAAUUAAAACAGAAAUAUCAGUUGAAGAUAUGACAUUUGAACAAAACCAAGAUGAUUUAGAACAAUUCCAGCAUUUGAAUAGAGAUGUUGAUAAUAUAAAACUAGAGCAUACUGCUAAAGGAAGUCAAAGCAGUGAACGUGAUAGCUUCAAAAAUGAAAUUAAAGAGGAGUCCGAUACAGAAAGCAUACAUGAUACAUUGGAUGAUUCAGGUUUAAAUGAGUAUUCGUCAAAAAUUGAAAUAGAUGAAACAAAACUUAUGCCAUAUGGAGAACAAACACACAAAGAAGAUAGUUUCAAGAAAGAAAUUAAGGAUAAGUUCGAUAGAGAAGGUAUAUGUGAAACAUUUGAUGAUUUAGGCUUAAAUGAAUAUUCGUUAAAAAUUGAAAUAGAAGAUGAAAAAAAACUUAUGCCCUAUGGAGGAGAACAAACACACAAAGAAGAUUGUCCCCAAGAGAAGGACACUUGUGAAAUUACGAAAACGAUUGACAUACAUUCAUCCCAUAAAGAGCAACAUACUAGUCUUACUGAUGAAGAAAAAACGUUAAUAUGUCAAAUUUGUGAUGUUCCCCAAGAGAAGAACACUUGUGAAAUUACGAAAACGAUUGAUAUACAUUCAUCCAAUAAAGAGCAACAUACUAGUCUUACUGAUGAAGAAAAAACGUUAAUAUGUCAAAUUUGUGGUAAGAAGUUUGGCAGAAAAAUUAAUUUAAAUCUACACAUGAAAAUUCAUACUGGGAAAAAACCUCACAAGUGUGAAAUUUGUUUAAAGCAGUUUAUUUCUGCAAGUCAUUUGAAAAGACAUCUGAGAACACACACUGGAGAAAAACCUUACAAGUGUGAAAUUUGUUUGAAGAUGUUUUCUGAGUCAAGCGCUUUAAAAGCACAUUUGAAAAAACAUACUGGAGAAAAGACUUAUAAGUGCGAAAUUUGUUUUAAGCGAUUUAGUACAGCAGAAAAUUUGAAGGUUCAUUUUAGACUACACACUGGUGAAAAACCUUAUAAGUGUGAAAUUUGUUUUAAGCGAUUUAGGGAAAAAAGAACUUUAAAAAGUCAUUUGACAGUGCACACUGGAGAAAAACAUAAGUGUGAAAUUUGUUUUAAGCAAUUUAGUGAAGCAAGUAUUUUAAAAAGACAUAUGAGAAAACACACCGAAGAGAAAAGUGAUAAGUGCGAAAUUUGUUUUAAGCAAUUUAGUACAGCAGGAAAUUUGAAGACUCAUUUGAGACUACACACUGGAGAAAAGCCAUACAAAUGUGAAGUUUGUUUGAAGCAGUUUACUCGUAUAGAUUAUUUAAAACAACAUAUCACAAUCCACACUGGAGAUAAACCUCACAAGUGUGAAAUUUGUUUCAAGCAGUGUUCUGAUGCACGUAAUUUGAAACAACAUAUGAGAAUACACACUGGAGAAAAACUUUACAAGUGUGAAAUUUGUUUCAAGCGGUGUUCUUAUGCAAGUACUUUAAAACGACAUAUGAGAUGUCACACUGGAGAAAAACUUUUUAAGUGUGAAAUUUGUUUUAAACAAUUUAUUCAAAGAGAUCAUUGGAAAUCACAUUUGAGAACGCACACUGGAGAAAAACCUUUCAAGUGUGAAAUUUGUCUGAAGCGAUUUAUUCAAAGAGGUCAUUUGAAAUCACAUAUGAGAAACCACACCGAAGAAAAAAAUACAAUUGCGAAAUUUGUUGUAAGCAAUUUACUGCAAAGAGGGUUUUGAAAGUUCACUUGAGAGUACACACUGAAGAAAAACCAUCCUCCUCCUCAUAACUGCAUUCUCUGUUGUUGGCGAUCACUAUGGCUUUCUCUUUAUUCUGGGCUUGAUGAAUUAAGUCAUUCCCUGUUGUGUGGGUCCAAUCUCUGAUGUUUCGGAUGUACUGAUAUUAUAACACUCUGUAUAAAACAUAUUUUAAGUUUAAUUCUAAUAAGUUGUUAUUACCCUUUAAGGCAGUGGUGCUCAAAGAGUCGAUCGCGAUCUACCGGUCCAAAGUUUUUAAAGUCGAUCGCUAUUCACGGAAAAAUACGAAUAGAAAAGAUAUGUCUGCUAUCAAAGAAAUCCCGUUGUAACGUCCAACGGUUACUAUCAUGCGGCUAUCUCCGCAGUGUUCAAUACUUAACGUGAAACGCUUUAUAGACGUAUCUAAAUCAUGGGAAAGACGUGGAAAGCAAAGUUAAAAGUGAUACUAUGAAGUGUAUAAUAUACUUUUCUUUGCAAUUUGACGACUCGACCGAUAUUAAUGAUACCGCCCAGUUGUGUAUUUUUAUUCGGAUGGUAUUUUUUUUGAUAUGUUGGCUAAAGAAGGAUUGUUAACAACGCCUCUGAAAGAAAAAAUUUGCGGAGAGGAUAUAUACAACGUUUUGUUUUUUAAGUGUGUAUUACAACAGAUGGUGCACCAUCCAUGACUGGCGUUAACAAUGGAUGUGUUGCACUGUGUCGAGCUAACGAUGACUUUCCAUCGUUUUUUAUUAUUCAUUGCAUCAUUCACCAGCAAGUUUUGUGUUCCAAAAUUUUAAAUAUAAAAGUCGUCAUGAAGAUGAUAACAAAAAUUGUGCAUUCAAUCAGGGCGUGAAGCUUGCAACCACGUCUUUUUGAAGCGCAAUUGAAAGCUAGCGACUCUGAUUUAAUUUUGCAUACAGAUGUGAGGUGGUUGAGCCGUGGAAAAAUGUUUAGGUAGGUUCCAGGAGUUACUCAGGAGACUGACCUGCAAGCAGUUCGUAGUGAGUUUGACACAUCGCUGAUUUUAAGAAACACAGAUAUUGUAAUAUUUAUGUCUAAUCAAUUUUCUUGUGAAGGGAUGAAACAAAUUGCCACUGAAAUCUCCAUUUCUUUCAAUGAGAUUCAAUCAGCUAAUUUCCGUCCAAAAUGAGGUACUGAAAAUAAUGUCGGAUAUAUAUCUUCAAUCCAGAGCGACCAAUACGAUUUUUUUUGCCUUUUAUAUCGCCAGACAAAUAUCCGUCUUUGAGGCAAGUAGCUCUGCAGUUCACAGCAUUUUUGGAUCAACAUACUUGUGCCAGUCUGCAUUUCCCCAAAUUAAGGUAGUAAAAUCAAAGUAUCGUAAUCGGCUAACUGAUGCUUGCAUUUUUGGUUCUCGGUAAUUAUGUACCAUCAUAAUAUGAAAAACUUGUGGAUGAUACGCAGUGCCAUGCAUCAACAUCCAAAUAAAAUUAAGAUGAAAAACAUGAUUUUAAUUACGACUCUCUGUAGUUACAACUUUUUAUCAAAUAGAAAUGUGCAAUAAAGUGUUUCAUUUUCAAAAUUGUUUUUUUCUUUAAUAUCAGUUGAUCGUUGGAAGCUUGAAGUUGAUGUGGUAGAUCCCACGCAGUAUAAGUCUGAGCACCACUGCUUUAAGGCAUUGAACAGAAAAUCCAACGAUAUAAAAACAAUAUUAGUUUAUAGUUGAAUGGGUCCGCCGAAUAACGUUUUAAGCGCCACAUUGUUCGUUUUUGAGAAGUCAAAGAAAAAGUUUUAAAAUUGUGAUAAUGGUGAGUUCACACCUUUUAAUGGUGAGUAAUACAGUUUGUAAAAUGUGUUUACAAAUUGUAUUACUAACUCUUAAAAUGCGUAAGUUUGCCAGUUAUAUAAUAUUAAAACUUUUUUUUCGACUUCUUAAAAAUGAGUGAUGUGGCGCUUACAACGUUAUUCGGCGGACCCAUUCAGUUAUAUCAAAUGUUUAAUGUUAUCACCUGAAUUUGAACUCAUAUCAGUGGCGGCCGGUCAGGAACGGUAGGAUCGGCAGUGAAAACCCACACAUUUUUUGAUAUUAUAGAUACUUUAAUAUUCAAUUUAAUCAGAGUUUAUGUCAUUUUUUGUAUCUGUGAAAUAAAAAAAUCUGUCAGAUAAUACACACUAAAUUUUAUUCAUGGUUUUUAAAAGGAUUUGACCAAUCAGAGCGUUAAGUGAUCCCUGGGCAUAAGAGACUUUUCAAAAAAUGAAUGAUCCGAGCCAUUCAUCUGACUGUGUUCGGCUAGCCGACCACAGUUUAUCCUUAGCGUGACGAUUUACACGUAAAACUCAACGAAAUACAAGUCGAUAAGCAGCCAAACAUACAUUUCUGUCCGUAGGCAGAUACGGCAGGUACGGCACAUUUAGAUCUGCCGAGGUUUUAUUUCGAGGCAUCGCAUCGGCAGAAAUUGUAAAAAAUAAUCACGCCGUUUUACGUCGUUUAAUUGAUAUUGUAAGUU